AUGGCUAAUAAAACUCAACAUCAAGACGAUGCAGACCUGGGCGCGCCGCAGUUCGCCUACCAUGCUGUUGUCGAACCAAUUUUCAUCGUUGGUGUCAUGGUAGCCUCCUGCUACUUCAACCGCCUGCGCAACUUCUCCGUCAUCCCUUCAUCGAAGCAGGACCAGGGCCUGCUGGGCCAGCCCAAGGUCGAGCCAUGGGACGAAGACGACGUGCUCGACGAGACGGAGCGUCUCAACCUCAGCGACGCCGCGAGCCCCUCACCCGUUGACACGGAGGCGCAUCCCUCCAAGAAGAGAACGUGCUGCGGCGCUGUUGUGCGUACGCCCAACUCGUCCCGCUACGCAAAAUACUGGCACAGCCGUUUUAUACAAAAGUUUCCCUUCCUGGUGGAGAUGUUUUACUGGGCGGUGAACCUGGGCUUCUACGUGGGCGUCAAGCAGGCCAGUGAGCUUGUUGCGGCGACCGAUGGGAUCUGGCAAACGGCGGAGAACCAUGGAAAGGCUGUUCUCUGGUUUGAGCACGAGGGGCCGUUCCGCUGGCUGUUCCCUCUACGCGAGAUCGAUGUCCAGUCCUUCUUCAGGAACGAUCACCAGACGAUGCUAACCAUCCUCAACCGAGCCUAUUCGCUGAUCCACAUCCCCGUCACAGUCAGCUUCCUCGCAUGGUACUACUACGCCGCGCCGACACACGCCCAGUUCGCUGAGGCUCGACGCAUGAUGACCCUGACGAACCUUUUCAGCUUCGUCGUCUUCACCAUGUACCCAUGCAUGCCGCCACGUCUGCUGCCCGAGGAGUACGGCUUCUUCGACACCGUCCGCCGCGAGGAUGCCGAGUCCAUCUACGCCACCAAUAAGUUCUUCAACCAACUUGCCGCCUUCCCCUCGCUACACUUUGGCUACUCUUUCUGCAUCGGCACUGUUCUAUUGUACCACUCUGGUCUGUUCCGCCGACGCCUUGCGCCUCGCGAGAAGCGCAUGAGCAAGGCGUGGCAGGUGUUUUUCGUGGCUUUGAGUAUUCUAUACCCAGCGUUUGUCUUGACUAUUAUUGUGGCCACGGCCAACCACUACUGGCUUGACGCCGCGGCUGCUACGGGUGUUGUACUUGUUGCCUGGUUGUCGAACCGCAUCUUGCUGGGUCUACUACCCUUGGAGGAUGUUUUCCUGUGGUGCGUCAAGCUGGAGAAGCCAUUCCCCACCACUGGAAACCGGGGUGGAAAGUAA